UCUACCCUCCCAUCAAAGGCUGCAUAUUUUCAUAGCUACUCUGCCGCCAUGAAGGUCUUCUCGAAUGCCGUCCUUAUUCUGGCCGUCUCCGUGUGGGCCAUCUUUGCAGUUGAUACUCCUCUCCCCAUCUCUCAGGAAAUUAAAAGGUGUGACAAAUCAGUGGUCAAGUGCAUGGAGAAUAUAAAUGAGUGCUGGUUUAUCUCUUACCUCAAGCCAAGUGAACCCAUAUGUGGCAGCGACCAGGUUACCUAUAAUGGUGAAUGCCAUCUCUGCUCUGAAAUUCUGAAAACUCCUGAACUUUACCAUGCAGAAUUACAGAACUUGCUGAAUCACCAGAUGAUCAAGGGAAACAUAAUGGUUGCCACUUCAAGUAUCAUCCCCUGUGGAAGAAAAUGCUGGCACUGGAGGAAAUCAAUUGUUAGAGGAUCAAACUCCUUGACAUUUUGCUUCUUCAAUAAAUGA